AUGGAGCUCGAGCACUCGGACUCGGUCAACGACAUGCUUGCCGAGACGGCCUUUCCAGGGGGCAUGGACGACCUCGCGACUUUGGUGAUGCUCUUUGGGCGCAACCGGUUUGGCGCCAUUCGCCACCGCGUCAAUGACGACGGCGUCGACGACGACGACCUCGCCGCCACCAACAAGGAGGGCCAUACGAUCCUGUCGCUGGCCGCCAAGUUUGGCCGCCUCGACCUCGUGCGCCUCGUCGUUGAGAACACGCGCUUCUCGGUCAUUCCCAACUAUGUGUGGGCGCCGAUCGCGGCGGCCGUCGAGCAUGACCGCCUGCCCGUGGUCCAGUACCUGUUUGCCAGCGUUCCUGGCGCCAAGGACGCAACGUCACCCUCGACAGGCGACUCGCUUCUGCACAUUGCGAUUCAGCACUUUUCCCAUGACGUUUUACGCUGGCUCUUGGACUCUUGCCCGACCAAGACCAUGGUCAACUUGCACGGCGAGACGCUACUUCAUGCCGCUGUGCGGCUCAACAAUGGCGCGGCCUUGAAUUGGCUCGAUGCGAGCGAGUGGCAGGUCGACGCGCAGACAGCGGAUGGCAGCACUGCACUGCACAUCGCUAUCCAGCAUAUUGAGAACGAAGACAGUUUGGCGUCGAUGCUGCAGCUCUUACUGUCGCAAAAUGCGUCGGUCCACGUCCCCAAUCACGCCGGCGUGCGGCCCAUCGAUUUGGCGUCGCGCAGUGCCCGUAUUAGCCGCCUCCUGCGCUCGGAGCCAGUCUUUCGCCGCGACUUCGCACUGCACUGCAUGGUCCGCAACGGCAAUGUCAAUUACGUCACUGGCUGGCUUGUCGAGAUGCACACCAAGUGGCCCGAGCCCGACUCGUACGGACAAGCGAUCGCCAAUGCCCUUAGCGCCACCGACAUGGAUGGCCGCACGAUGCUCAUGUACGCCGCCAUGGACUUUAACGCGCGGGACGGCCAAGCGCAGCUUUUGGAACUCCUAUUGCCGCUGAGUGACCCGGCGUCGCUCCAGCUCCGGGACCACGAAGACAAGAACGUCGUCGACUACCUCGUGGCCUCGGGCGUCACGUGCAUUGAAAAUGCCGAAAAUUGGUCCAACACCAAGCUCGUGCAACUCGUCCAUGCGGUGUGCCACCGUGGGCAGCUACCAUACCCGAUGCGCUUGACGCAAGGACUCCAGUCGGGCACGACGCCGACGCAGUGCCCCGCGCUCUGCAAGUGGUUUCAUCACUCGUCGAAAAGCACGAGUCUCACCAAACUGGCGGCCGACGGGCGCUGGGACGAGCUGCAGCAGCGACUCGGCGCGACCUCCGAUUUUCCCGGCAUCAACGAGGUCGAUGUCAAGGGCUACUCGGUGUUGCACCACGUGUGUGCGCUUGGCGACAAGAAGACGUUCAAGCUACUGCUCCAGCAAACGCACUUGGACCUGGACUUGCCAACUUCCAAGGAGAGCAAGACGGCGCUGGUUCUGGCCGCCGACAACGGCUUCCACCGGAUCGUCCGCGCGCUCCUCCACGCCGGUGCCAACCCCAACGUCAACUACGCUCUAAACGGAGCAGCGCUAGCGGCCCGCCAUGCGACCGCGUCGGCCAGCUACAAGCUUAUCUACGACGUGUGGCAAGUGGCUCAAGAGUACCCGCACUUUCACCUUGUCCAUGUGCCCAACGUGGAUACCGUCUUGAAGCAUCUUCACCACAAGCAGACGGCGAUGCAUGUCGCGAUGCUAAAGCCGCAGCCACUCAAAGUCCUCGACGAACUCUGCAACGACGCGAUCGACCUCGACAAGCAAGACGUGGAUGGCGAGACGGCCCUUAUGGUGGCCGCGCGGCUCGGGCACAAGACCAACCUCGAGUACCUCUUGCGCCAAGACGUCGAUAUGGAUCUUUGCAACCACGCCGGUGAGACAGCGCUCAUGCUCGCGGCCCUGGCUGGGCAUCUCCAUAUCGUCCACGUCCUCCUCGCCAAGCUCGCCGAUAUGGACAUCCUCAACAAGAACGGCCAGCACGUGGUGACCUUGGUGCAGAAUGAGAUUGCAAUCCACGGCGCGACGCCCGACAGCCGGUCGACGCAGCUCGGUCAGAUCCUCACCGUGCUCCUGAAAGAAGCGCACACGCGGGAAAACUCGCCCGAGUACCGGGACAAGGUCGCCCGCCGCCUCGUGAUUCUCUCGACCGACGACGCGUUUCGGACGGACGGCUUUGCGAAAGCGCUCACUUGCAACGCCACCCUUGGCCAAGUCUUUCUCAACGACUGCGUGCGCGUCGACCGCCACGAAGUGUCUUUUACAAAGCUCGAAGCGGUGUACGGCGCGCGCGCCAAUCAGAGCGCGCUCCACGCGAUCGUGAAUUUGGAUCUGCCCAACGCCGAGCUCACGUUUAUGGCCAAGAAAGCGUGCCUCGAACACGUGGCCUUUCGCCGCCUCUUGCAGAUCAAGUGGGAACUAUUUGCGCAGCGCAAGUACAUUGAGCAGCUGCUCAUGCACCUCCUGCUUCUCUUCACCAACACGACGUCGUCGCUGCUGAUUGACAACGUGGACGAUGCCAAGGCGCCGUCCUUCGCGUACCGCUGGUAUGUGUUUUACGGUGGAAUUGCGGCCGUUGUGUUUGUGGCCGUCGGCUGCGUCGUCGUCCAGGCGCUGCGCCCCCGCCUCUUUUGGCGGCUCGCGCGCUGUCUCUACGAUGGCUCGCUCGUUCUCGACGCCAGCGUCAAGAUCCCGGACCUCGCUGGCAAGAAGAAGCUCGUGCGCCGUCUUCUUGUCGCCGUCACCAUCACGGUGACGCUGGCGGUGAUCACACCCAUGUACAUACUGGCGACGCGCCACAAAAAGACGCUGCCGACUUGGUUUGCUCCGUCCAACAACCUCGUGCUGUGGGCGACAGCGCUCUACUUUGCAAUCAACGAAGCCCGCGAGAUGCGCGUGGGGUACCGCAAGUACUUGUCGUCGCACACCAACAAGGUCCAGCUGGUCAUCUACCUCCUCAUCCUCAUCGUCAUGGUCCCGAUGAAGUUCAACUACCUUCCGUCGCCGUUUGCGCUCGAAGUCAUGGUCGGUGGCCUCAUCUCGCUUGCGCUCUGGGUCCUCUCACUGCAGUUUUUGGAGGUCGUGCACUCGGCGAGCUUUCUGCUGCCGAUGAUGGCCGAUCUCUUUGGCGACAUUUGGAACUUCUUCAUUGUCUUCAACGUCUUCCAGCUCGGCCUCACGAUCACGUUUUACCAGCUCUUUAGCAAACACGAGUUUGACCCAGAGCACCACGAGUUCUUUACGCUGCAGAGCAGCUUCAUCACAACCUUCUUUGUCGCGUUUGGCCAAGCCCCGACAUCGGCACUGGAAGCGUUCAGCGACGCGGAGAAGGUGCUGUACACGUGCGCAGCGGUCCUCAUGAUGCUCCACUCGGCCGUCGUCGUCAUCAUCCUCCUCAAUACGCUCAUUGCGAUGAUGAACAAGACGGUCGACGGCGGCCUCGAGAAGGCCAAGACGCAGGCGCUGAUCAGUUAUGCGCAGUGCAUCCUUCGCAUCGAAGAGGCGCGCGGCCUUGACGAGAACGAGACGUUCAACCUUUUGCAUCUCGGUGAUGCGACGCCCGUGAACGAGUCUUCACCGCUCGCCAAGCCAACAGCUACCGAUCUGUGGCUCAACCCAAUGUUCUCCGAGCCCAUCUCCAAGGUCGAGCUUGGCCUCAGCGCCGAGCAAAACGCAGCGCUCGUGCAGAGUGCGACGGACCGCGCGGCGUGGGCGACGCUGCUGGCCUCGGUCGACGCGACGAUCACGGAGCAGCUCGACUAUGUGCACACGGGGCUACUCCAUGUGGGGCAUUUUACAUCCAUGGACGUCACGACGGCCUUGCGCGCUGAGCUCGGGCUGCUUGGGAGCACGCGCCAGCAGCUGCACGCUAUCGUCGACGAAGCGCGCCGGAGCCGCGGCGUCUAUCGCACUCAAGUGCUUGAGAAGCUGCACGCGCACGUCAAACGGCGCCUUCACAAGCUGGAAAACCACGUGCAGCGCGUCGCCAACGUCUCUGUAUCGUCUUGUACCAGCUGA